AGUUUGUGUAGUACCUCAGGUGUGCACCACAGGUGAAUGAUCAGGCGAACAGAGCACGAUUUACAGGUGUUGGGUACGUAUUUAUGAUAGUGCUGGAGAAGUCUAUGUAUUCGACAUGGAGCACGCGUACGACAUGUAGAAAACACCAAGAUCAUUGUUUAAGACCACAACAAGCAAAGAUGAACACUAGAGCAAUUUUCGCUGUGAUGUUAGCCAUCGUCGUCAAUGGAGCUGCCAUUUAUUACUAUUCCCAGAGAGAGAUGACUCUUCAAAUUGAAAGUCCAAAACUUCGGCCACAGAUAUCACAGAACGGUAACCAGACAUCUGAAGAAUCAUCUUCUGGACAGCACGACCAACCUCACCUCAAAGAUGACAACAGGACGGAAACAGUAAUGUCAUCAAAGAGUUGCCACCCAAGAAGCAAGUUCGUCUUCAUCAAAACGCACAAGACCGGGAGCUGUACUGCCGUGAACAUCUUCCAGAGAUACGCCAUCAGUCACCAUCUGUCUGUGCUGAUGCCAACCGGAGGGAAUCUGCUCUCAUGGCCCUUCCCUCCUGCAGAAGAGGACUAUGUCCACACCCCAGAUGAACAGUAUGACGUCCUGCUGAGCCACAUGGUGUACAAUAAAACAUGGCUACAGACCAAGUUCCCGGCUAACACAGCCUACAUAUCUAUUAUCCGGAAUCCAAGCAGCCAUUUGAGGUCAGCCAUGAAUUACUACCAUCUUCCUAAGCUACUGAAGAUCAAGUCUAAGAACCCUGUCGAGACGUUUCUGCAGGACCCGUGGAAGUACAAGGACCUGUCUGAGGCUUACUUUGACUUCUGUAAUGUAACCUGGGACGGUACCAGGAACUUCCUGUCAUUUGAUUUGGGGUACCCUACAGAGGGAGCAGAAGAUAAGGAACGAGCUCGUAGGUACAUCAGUGAACUAGAAGCGGACUUCACGCUGGUCUUGCUGCUGGAACACCUGGACGAGUCUCUGGUUCUCCUCAGACGUCUGAUGUGCUGGGAGAUGUUGGACGUUCUGUACGACGUCGCACCGAAGAACAGCCGAAACUACUCCUACAAGAAAUACGUCCCCACCGCCGAGGAACUCGCCAACCUCCGCCGGUGGAAGGCCGUGGAUUACUUACUGUAUGACACGUUCAACGCCUCCUUGUGGAGGAAGAUUGCAGCACAGGGUCCAGAUUUUUACGAAGAGCUCCACUACUUUCGAGAAGUGAAGAAGCGUGUCAGCGAGUUUUGCCACAGGAUGAUGGAGAAGCGUGAAUGUAAAAAGAACUGUCAACAUCAACAGCCUCUCGUCAUAAAGGCGUCCAAGUGGAGUCGACAGUUUGAGGCAGACUCCAUGCACUGCAGAGGCACAAUAUACGGGGAAAGUCAACAUUGGAAGAAUAUCAGAGAACGUGCAUCAGUGAAAGACAAGACGGAGUGGAAAGUCAUGAAAGUCGCCUCAAACCUGCGCCGUAUUGUCCAUGGUCUGCCUACUUUGAAAUACAAAUCCCAAGGCAGAGGCAUAAAAGGAAAGAUGAAUAGUUCCUGGUAAAGCCAACUUUAGAGUACACCCUAGUGGAGCUACUAUGUGAACACAUUGUUGUCUACAAAUGAGAGUCUAUUUAACGUAGAUUGUGAUGGUUGCAGGAAACCAACAGGCCUUGUGUAGCUUGUUUGGCAGUUCACAAACGACAAAUAUACAAAAUGGUAAUACAAAUAAGCUUAAGAAGUGGACGUGCCAUUCACAUAAAGGCUUGUUAUCAAGAUUUUGUUUUCAAUUUUGGAGCUAUAACAAAUAAGGAAGAGAUUAAGACAACCGAACUAAGGCAGAAGGACCUUCACGUUUGUUGAGGGGUAUCUAAUUAUAUCGCAUUUAUUGUUUGUUUUCUUUUGUCUCAAUUACUCUAUUGUGUGAUAAAGCUUCAGAAUACAGUCAAAUUCCAACCGUCAUUGCUGCAACAAGACAUUCACGCUAACCACCAACGAGAUGUCGUGACAAGAUUGAUUGACGUCAAUUCUAAAGGUUUAAGGUCAAUGACAUAUAAAUGCCUCACAUACUUUGCCAUGGAUAUGACGUGUGUAAACAGGUACAAUGUUACGAUGGCUUCUAUAUCUAUUUUCUAUUUAUUUAGUUGGGACGUCUGUUAGGGACAAAAUUAAUGGCGUCAUAACGCCUCCUAGCCAGAGGUUCUUGAAUUAUUAUAUUUGUCAUGUUCAAUGUUGUUCUUGAAGGUGGGUUGUCCCUUGAUUAUUGAGGCCAAGUUUAACCUUGCCCCCAUUAUGCCAUACUCUUUUCUUCCGUUCGUUGUAUCUUUUCGUAUAUACACCACAAGCGUUGAUACCUAAGGGAAAAGUAGCAAAAAAGGCAGUGCUUAAGUUCGUAGAGCACAUGAUAUCAUGACCGGUUUACAACGAGAACAGUGUGGAUUCGAGUCAUUGUAUUUCAACGUAAACCGUAUGAAGUACCCAUAUUGUUACACUAUUUCCUACAGUCAGAAAAUCUACAGCGGUUAUCAACAAAUGUAGAGAAAAGGGGAAUACAAAAUCAGUCACGUGUUAGAUCGCAUGCGUGCCGCAACGCCACCAUGCGGCAAGGAGUAGCGCAUUCAGGCUCUGAGGAAUGUACAUGUGUAGGCCCUAGAAACAGAGUAGCAACCAGGACGCUUACAAACAUUACUUUAUAGUAUGUAUACCCUACACAUAAUAACCUAUGGGGUGUCGGAACAACAUAGUGUGGUUUAACCCAUUGAUGCUAUCGCUUAGAAUGGAACAAAACAAAUCAAAAGGGCUGGAUAAAAUGAGUUCCAA